AUUCAGCCACCAGGGUUGAAUCGUCUGCUGUCGGUUGCCUCAGUGGUCAUUCCAAGUUAACAUCUCGGCCCAUCAUCAUCUAACAAAUAAACUACUUUUUUUUUAUAGUGAUUGCUUCCAUUAUUCACAACUUACCAACUGAAUGUCAUCAAUAUCAUCAAUUCAAGUGCAAAAUUUGUAAUCAAUAUUCUGAGAGAUUCAUCGGUAUUGCGUUACGUUUUCAUCUUCAUCAUGUAUCUGAAAAACGUCAUCAUGAAUUUAACGUCAUCGUCAACACCUUCCUUCCGACAUCACCAUCAUCAUCGUCGAUCUCAGAGCAAUCUCAGGGCUGUGAUAUUUUCUUGGAUUUUCAGUGGUUGUUUUCUUCUCCGUAUUUGCAAUGGCUGUGUCCCGAGUUUCUCAGUAGAUACAAAUGUGGAGGAGGAGAAGAUAGCAGGGGGAUUGGCGGAGCCAGUGCGAGCCAGCCCGGCUCCCACCGCGGCAGCUCGGGUAAGGUUACCCGUCACCAAGCCUCCUCAGUGGUAUUCUGAUCCAGUUGGUUCCGAAAUUCGUUUCUUGGUCAUGGGUGACAUAGGAGGAAUGGCCGAACAUCCUUAUACCACUGACGAUCAGGUGGAUGUGGCCUGGGCUGCGGGCAAGGUCGCGGAAAACUUCAAAGCCGACUUCAUCGUCGAGCUCGGCGACAAUUUCUACGAACACGGAGUUAAACACGUCCACGAUCCGAGAUUUCGGCAAACGUUUGAAGAUGUUUACACGGCCGAAUCGUUACAGGUUCCUUGGUAUAUCGUCCCCGGUAAUCACGACUGGGAGGGCAACAUCACGGCACAGAUAGAAUACUCCAAAAUAUCACCAAGAUGGCAUUUUCCAAGCUUAUACUACACCAAGGAGUUCCGAAUCCCAGGCAACCCUGACGCCCAGCUAUUCUUGGUGACUAUUGAUACCAUGCUUCUCUGUGGUAUGGGGGCGCCCCCUACGGGCCCUUGGAAUAUCACAGCAGCCGAGGAACAGUGGGGCUGGUUAGAACAUCAACUUAAUGUAACAAAAGAGGCAAGCUAUGUGAUAGUCGCGGGACACUACCCCGUUCGAUCGAUAGGUUCACAUGGCCCAACCCGGUGUCUUGUAGACAGACUGGAACCACUUCUCAAACAGUACAAUGUCUCUGCAUACUUUGCUGGCCAUGAUCAUUGUUUACAGCAUAUCCACGAGCCCGAAUCACCGGUGGAAUAUUUCAUCAGCGGUGCCGGAGCUAAAAUUGACCCUGGUAGGACGCAUCGCUUUUCUGUACCAGCCGAUUGGCAACACUUUCACAUGGGCAACGUACGACGAAAAGGGGGCUUCGCCUACGCGGAGGCGACGGCCGAACGGUUGACGGUCGCAUUCACCGACGCGAAGGACGUAUGGGAUUUACACAAAACUACAAUAUUACCACGGGCAGGGAGGGUCAGAUAAUGAGGUCAUCGUCAUGAUCGUUGACCACGGAUGGCAUGGGACUUGACUUUUUGCACGCCGCCGGGGUAUACGACGUCGAACGAUGUCUGUUAUUAUACGACUUCAAACGCCGACAGGAGGAUAAGUCAAUGAUGUCAGUCUAGAUGUCACGGACUCGAAGACAAGUAAAGUUGAAAUUUGCCACGGUCAUCGUCAUCAACUUCGCCAUAGUCAUCGUCGACAUCAGGAACAGAAAUAACAGCAGCAGUGCCAGAAGCAUCAACAGCAUAUAAUGUUAAACAACUUUAAGACGACCAUGACAACAUGAAGAUAGCGAUGGCGUCGCCUUGAGUGACGCGCGGGUGACGAGGCGCGUGCCCGUCUGGGAUGACCGAUGAACGACUAAGAGUGAUUCAAUCAUGCCUCAGGCACAUCGACGAAUCCGAUUCUAUACCGAUCAAAGCUAUUACCUUAUUUCCAAUGACAUACCAUCGAUCGGUUUGGAGUCGGUUUCAUUGGUGUGACUUGAACCAUUAUACCAAUGACCAAGCCGCCAUUUUCGGUUAAUUACAUUGCGUCCAGUGCCACCUGCGUCGACCUUUGCAUUAUGCAUCAUCAGGCAUUCCACAUUUAUUUCCAAUGUCAUACUAGGUUGGUUUGCAGUCAAUUUCACACUGCAAAAACUCCGGUGUUGAUUUAACACCAGCCCGGAAUCUAUAUAUGUCCACACCAGAUAAGUGUUAAACAACACCAGUUUCGUUUUGGACUAACACCAGAUAGGUGUUUAUACAACACCAAUUAGUAUUAAAACAGCAUCGGUUUGAUUCCAAACUGGUGUUGUUUCAAUACUUCUCUGGUGUGGACAUAUAUAGAUUCCGGGCUGGUGUUAAUUCAACACCGGAGUUUUUGCAGUGCAUUGGUGCGACCAAGGCAUCAACAAAUUAUUACAGAUUGAUAAAAUACAUCGAUUUUAUGACUAGUUAUACAGUAUAAUAAUAUGUUAUGCUAUAUUAGCAUAUUCACCUCUAAAACUUAAAACAAACAGGGAAAAAUAUAUUGAUUGGUAGUCGGCUGUGUGCAACAGAUAGGCCUAUACUAUUUUACAGUUCUCAGAAAUCACUUUGUUCUAGUCAAAUGCGACUAGGAUAUAAUCAAAAUAUGUUUAGAAUAUUGUCAAAAUGCGACAAGGAUAUAGUCAAAAUAUGUCUAUAAUAUUGUCAAAAUGCGACUAGGAUAUAGUCAAAAUACGACUAGAAUAUAGUCAAAAUAUGUCUAGAAUAUUGUCAAAAUGCGACUAGGAUAUAGUAAAAAUGCGACUAGAAUAUAGUCAAAAUAUGUCUAGAAUAUUGUCAAAAUGCGACUAGGAUAUAGUCAAAAUGCGACUAGAAUAUAGACAAAUAUGACUAAGGUGAUGGUUGCACCGAGCCGACUCGGACGUUUUUGUGUUAUGCAAUUUUCAGAUUUUUCCUCUCAGAGUUACAAAGACUCAGAAAAGACUUUGUUCUGUUCAAAUGCGACUAGAGAAUAGUCAAGUAUGACGAAAGCCAUAGUCGCGCCCAAAUUGCCCUUUUCAUAAGUUGUUUCAUUUCAGAGUGAAGAGGAUUUUGUUGUAUAAAAUCCCCGAGUUACGAGGAAUGCAUCCCGUUCGGAGAAAUAAAACACAUUAUAAGCUUGUAAUGCAUAUAGGCACUUUUUUUAUCUGCACUUGUGUAUAUUUUUUCCUUUCUUAUAUUAUGGGGAAAAUAUGUUUAAAGAGGAAGGCUGAAAUACUCAUGUUUUAUGGUCGCAGGCCCGUUAUAAAGUCAGGCCAUUUUUUAAAGUUCACCCGAAGUCAUGCCUGGUCGAGGGGCCCGUUUCAUAAAGACUUACAACAAACGUUGCCUUUGUUGUAGUUUCCAUGGAAAACUUGAUUCUGAUUGGCUGUCGAGCCCUGUUACCAUGGUAACAUGGAAAAGUUGCAACAGUUGUAAGUCCUUUAUGAAACGGACCCCAGGUGAGGUCCUUUAUUCGAGCAUCUGUUUUUCCUCAAUAUAGGGGUACGUUUGGGGAUCGCGCGAUCAGUGGAUGAAACGCAGUGUUUGGAUCCCCUCAAAAAUCCUGGCCCAUUAUGCUACUGAGUCGUCCUAAUUGGAUUUUACAUGACGAUUUUAUUAAUGUAUGGCACAACGAACUGUUGGGAUAUAUUUACCAGGGCACACAGUAACAAAAAAUGAGAUGCAACUUUGCAAAUGCAACGCUGGGAAACAUUUUUUGGGUGACAUUAUUGUGCAUCCUUUCAAAUUGUGGAAUUUUUGCACAAUUUGAAAAAAGAAAAUGGAGUAAAAUAUUUCAUUUUCAUGAAUUCAACCAACUGACAAUCAGUUAAAGUCUCCAACGAAGAAAAUAUGUUGUUAGCGCACAUUUCACGUUUCGCGGUGGCACUUAUUAUUUACCUCAAAAAUUGUACAAACUUGCUCCUUUUCAAAUUUUGCUUGAGAUUGCUGCAAAUGCGUCCUUUGUGUGUAAUGUGUAUACCACGAAAAUAAAAACGCUGAACCCCCCCCCCCCUCUCAUGAGGUUGAGGAAAAUAUUGUAUGGCUUACUGAAGGAUAACGAUGUGAAUGGUGUCUAUAUCUUCAUUUUUUAAUGAUUCAAUCUCGGCAUGAGCCUAUGGAGAUUACAUUCAGGCAUAUUAUAACACAGGUGAAGCAUUUAUAUUGUGAAAUUUAUAAAACAUUACAUUUAAUGUUGAAUUUACAUUGAAGUGUCGGGCGCCUUGAGCAUUCCUUGGGAGUGGAUAUGUGUGCAUUAUAAACUUGGUUAUUAUUAUUAUUAUUAUAGUUUCUUUAUUUUGUUUAAAUUCAAUAGCAAGUACAUUCUUCCCUAUAUCUCUCUUUUUGUCUCUGUCUGUCUGUCUCUCUCUCUCUCUCUCUUCCCCUUAUCUUCAUUGACUCUAACCCAUACUGUAUCAUAACCUUAUAUUUUUUCUAUGAUUUUAUUUAUCUUCAAAUGUAAUCAAAACUUAUCUAAUGUAAGUAAAGUGAUUCGAAUUUCAUACCAUUGUCAACAUCGUAAAGCUAAAUAGCUUGACAAUGUUUUUUUUAAUGGAAAGUUUACCGUCAUUAGUGAUGCUCAAUAAUUUCCUCUAUGACACAUUGUGAAUAAAAUCUCUGU